AAGGUAAACAGGAGAGGAGUCGCAGGAAAGUAAACAGGGGAUUCACAGAUCCCUGAAAGCGAAAGCAGAGGCUGGGAGUGUGCGCCCCAGUGAAGGCGCGGGACGAGGAGGCGUGGGGGUUCUCCUGCCGAGGAGACAGAGGGCAGCUUUGUGCGAGGCCACCAGCGCGCCCGCCUCCCGUCCCCGGGGUGCGCACCGUCCUGGGGAACAUGCCGGGGCUCCUCCUUCCCACGCUUCUCCUCGCUGCCCUGUCACAGUUCUGCAGGGCACAGGGCACGCCUGAAGGAAGGCCUGGAGAAGUCUCAGAAGUGCAUCAGCGGAAACAGUUUUGUCAUUGGCCCUGUAAAUGCCCUCAUCAGGAGCCCAGGUGCCCUCCUGGAGUGAGCUUUGUGAGGGAUGGCUGUGGAUGCUGUAAAAUCUGUGCCAAGCAACCAGGGGACAUCUGCAAUGAAGCUGACCUCUGCGACCCUCACAAAGGGCUGUACUGUGACUACUCAGCAGACAGGCCUAGGUACGAGACUGGAGUGUGUGCAUACCUCGUAGCAGUGGGAUGCGAGUUCAACAGUGUUCAUUACCAUAAUGGCCAGGUGUUUCAGCCCAAUCCCCUGUUCAGCUGCCUCUGUGUGAGUGGGGCCAUCGGAUGCACUCCUCUGUUCAUACCAAGGCUGGCUGACAGUCGCUGCUCUGGGGCUAAAGGUGGAAAGAAGUCUGAUCAAUCAAAGUGUGGCCUGGGACCAUUACAACAGCAGCCCUCAACAAGCUACAAAGCAAUGCCAGCUUAUAGGAAUCUCCCACUUAUUUGGAAAAGAAAAUGUCUUGUGCAAGCAACGAAGUGGACCCCUUGCUCCAGAACAUGUGGGAUGGGAAUAUCUAAUAGGGUAACGAAUGAAAAUGCCAAGUGUGAAAUGAGAAAAGAGAAAAGACUGUGUUAUAUUCAGCCUUGUGACACUAAUAUAUCAAAGACAGUAAAGAUCCCCAAAGGAAAAACGUGCCAACCUACCUUCCAGCUCUCCAAAGCUGAAAAAUUCAUCUUUUCUGGAUGCUCAAGCACUCGGAGCUAUAAACCCACUUUCUGUGGAAUUUGCUUGGAUAAGAGAUGUUGUGUCCCUAAUAAGUCUAAAAUGAUUACCGUUCAAUUUGAUUGCCCAAAUGAAGGGUCAUUUAAAUGGAAGAUGCUGUGGAUUACAUCUUGUGUAUGUCAGAGAAGCUGCAGAGAUCCAGGAGAUAUAUUUUCUGAGCUUAAGAUCCUAUAAAACCAAGUGCUUAAGGGAAAAGUUAAGGUUAGUCAAUCAUGUCGUUACAUCAAAAAAUUAAAAUGGUUUUAAAAGGGUGGCAAAUCUGCCUUAUUGAUUUAAAACAGUAAGAAUGCCUAGCUAUUCUCAGAUGAUUGUAUUUCAGGCAUUAGAAGCUUUUAAAAGGUUCUCCUAAAAAUAGUGUAAAACUUGAAAACCUUAAAAUUGAACUCUUACUUUAAAAUUAUCUUAUAAUUUAUGUGAUACACAGAUAUUUGGUUCCAUCUACGUUUUCCAUAUAUAAUGGAAAAUUAUACAAUUUAUAAGAAAACAUUUUAUUGUAAAAUAAUUUGGAAUACUUUGUUGAAGAUGUGUAAAAAGCAUAUUAAAAUUUUAAAACUUUAUCUAUAAUUUGACAGUCUAGCCUAGGUUCCCAUCAGAAGAUAAUCAUUAUAGGGUGAGAAGAUUCUAGAUUAAGUCUUAAAAAUAGGACUAAGAUUAAACCAUAAAUAUAUUUAUAAUUUCCCUUGCCCUUUCCUCAAUAUGAGUUUAUUAAGAUUUCUUUUAGAAGGAGAAAACAGAACUUCUUUGGCCACUGUUGACAACUGUAAUCUAAAAGUUUUUAUACCAAAUAUUGUAAAAAAUUAAAUUUCUAAGAUAAAGACCAAGAACAGUAUCCUUACUUUGAAAAGGAAAGAAACUUAAAAAACAUAAUACUAGAGAAAGCACACAGCAGAUUAUUUUGGCUUGAAAAUAAACUCUUCCUAAAAAUUACUCCCUUAAGUGAUCAAUCCACACAUGGAUUUGAAAUAUAAAUUAUGACUAAAGAUAAAUUAAUGUUAAAGACAAACUGGAGAUCAUUGUAACUGUAACACUUUCACUAGACUGUUAUAGCCAUUGACUCAAAGCUUGGAAGGAGAUAUCAACCUCAGUAACGAUCUGUUGGCUUGUAUAAAUGGGGAUCAGCACAAUGACAAAGAGCAUUGUUUGAAAAUACUGGUAUUUAUUAUUAUAAGUUAACUGCUUUCAUAAAAAAGCAUUAUAUUUAAAAAUAAUUUAGUACAAAAGACAUGUUAAAAUAAAUGUAAAGUGUGAUUCUUUUGAGUGCAAACAAGUGGUUACACAAAGAAGAAAGAACACCUCCUUAAUAGUUAACAAUUAACUUAAUAACCAUCCCUGAAGUUAGUGGAUAUUACACAGAAAUAUUUAUAAUGUGUUCUUAUAUUCUCUGUAUUUACUUUUAAAGAAUCAUGAGAAUUUAAAUAGAAUAUGAAAACAUAAAUUAUAAAUAAAUAUAAAAAUAUAUCUGUACAAGAUUUUUAUUGAAGACAUGAUUAUCAUUGUAUAAAUAAAUGCCUAAACAUGAGACUAUAAAUAAAAUAAAAUGUUGAAGAA